AUGUUCUUCCUAUCCUUUAUCAUUAUCAGCUUGGCUCCAGCUCUGUUCAAUGCUGCGCCAAUUUCACCCCUCCCCCCAGAAACCCCAGUCAACAACCCCCCGACUGUUCAUUUCUGGAUUACAACCGAAAUAUUGAAUGUUGACUGGACCCCGAAAUGUCUUACGACCGCAUACUGCGACGAACCAGAGCUGAAGAUAACCCAAACAAAUACGUGGAACGGCGAGAAAAGCUCAUUUAGCUGGGUGCUGAAUGAAAAUUUUGAACAGGUAUCCGACAGCAUCAGCCAAGAAAUUAACGAACAACUUCUACUUCUAUGCGCGCUUUUGGGAGCAAUUCUAUUAUGUACUUGUAUUACACUGUUAGGAUUUUGUAUUUGGAAAUGCAAAUCAAAGCAAAAGAAGCCAAAAGCGAAAUCGCCGACUGUUAUUGUUCAUUCACCAAGUUGGGACCAUGAUCAUUUCGUGUAA